UUCUACUUUAAUCACCUAGGGUGACCGUUACGCGGACAAGCCGUAUAUAUAGUAAUUCAAAGAUUUUAUGAGUAAUAAUUCGGAAUUACCUUUAUUGUAAUUAUUAAAAUUAGAAUUAUAACUAUAAUAUGUCCUUUUUGAAUAAUCUCCUUUUCAGUAAGUCUUCUUUAUGCUUCGAAAAAAUUGUAUUGGUCAGGUACACGAUGUCCAUCAAAAGAUCGUAUGGAUGAUAAAAUCGUUGUUAUUACUGGAAGUAAUACAGGCAUUGGAAAAUAUACAGCUAUUGAAUUAGCUAAACGAGGUGCACAUAUUAUUCUAGCAUGUCGAAAUCAAGAACGAGCAGAAACAGCAAAGAAAGAAAUACAAAUUAAAUCUAAUAAUAAUCAUAUUGAUAUCGAAAUUCUUGAUACAUCUUCAUUUCAAUCAGUACGUGAAUGUGCUUCACGAUUAAAAAAACGAUUACCUAGAAUCGAUGUAUUAAUUAAUAAUGCUGGUGUUUUAACCGAAUCUCAUGAAAAAUCUAUUGAUGGUUAUGAAAUACAUUUAGCUACUAAUCAUCUUGUUUUUAAUUGUCAAAUACAUUGGGAUGAUAUUAAUUUAGAAAAAGAAUCCUAUACACCGUUUUAUAUAUAUGCACGCAGUAAACUUGCUAAUAUUAUGUUUACAAAUGAAUUAGCUAAACGAUUAAAAGGAACAAAUAUUACAGCGAAUAGUCUUCAUCCGGGUGUUAUAAAAACAGAUCUUGGUCAUAAUAUUGGCGGUCGUUAUCAGCAUAUUUUUCGUUUAUUCUUGAAAAUACUAUCUCCUAUUCUAUGGUUUUUUUUUAAAAAUACUGAAGAAGGUGCACAAACAACGAUUUAUUUAGCAAGUGAUAUUAAGCUUGAUAAUGUCACCGGCAAAUAUUUUAGUGAUUGUACCGAAGUACAACCAUCAGAUAAAGCUCUUGAUGAACAAGAUAAUCGACGUUUAUGGUUACUAAGUGAACAAAUGACAAAACUUGAUGAAAUUUAA